CGUGCCUCGCAUGUCUCUGCCUCCGCCUCGUGCCUCGUCUGCCUCAUCAUUGUGUUGGCUCCUCUGCAGGCUUUGCUCUGCUCCUUUUCGAAGCUCUGCUUCUGCAACGACCCCAAGUUGGAAAACCGUUCCUCUCUCUGUUUUUGACUUUUUGCUUCUGCAGUGUAGUGUUGAUUAAAUUGAUACAUUGCUGCAAUUUUUAUCAGAUCUCAUCAUUCACGCCCUUACCCAAUCGCUCAAUCUGAGACUGACUCUCCCUUCCCUCCUCCUUGCAGCCGUCCACACUCAAGGCCUCACCUCUGUUUCUUCUUCCUCUUCUCGUGCUUCCUUAUUCCGUUUGUCGUUGCCAUCGUCGUCGCAGGUGUCAGCAUCCGAUUCGUGUUCUUUCCGUCUGCCUCUGCUCAUGCUUCUUGAGUCUGGGUUACUGUCUGCCUCUUCAUAUUCCGGUUCGUUGUUGCCGCCCUCUGCUUUGCCUUGCUCGGUGCACUUGUUCAGUGAGUGUGUAAAGAGAGUCUUGUGCGCAAAAGCAAUUCAGUGUAGGGAAUAAGGUCAAUUCACUGCCUUAAAAAUCAACCUUCAUUCAUGGCCUUAAACAGUGGCCCUCAGAGUCUCUCAUCACAAGUGUUUACCAAGGAGCGUUUCAUUCCAAUCUCCAACUUCAGCUCUAACCCCUGUGCUGUUCUCAGGGAGUUAUGGUCUGAGAAGACAGAUAAUCAUACAAGGGUUCAAGAGCUCCACCAAAAUGAGAAACCCAGAUCAAGGAAUUCGUGUAAAAGAGCCAAAGACAUGGCUAAUCUCAUCAAUUAUAAACCUUGGUCAAAUCAGUUGCUGUCUUCAUUCACUACCCUUCUUUCCAAAACCAAUGUGCUUCAGACUUUAUGCCAUAUCAAGGAACCUUCCAAGGCCUUUCGGUUCUUCAAGUGGGCACAUGAAAUGGGUUUCCCGCACAGUGCUCAAUCCUACUUCAUGAUGUUGGAAAUCCUUGGUCGUCAGAGGAAUCUCAAUGUUGCUAGGAAUUUUCUGUUUUCCAUUGAGAAAAAGUCCAAUGGGGAAGUCAAGCUUGAGGAUAGGUUCUUCAAUAGCUUAAUUAGAAGUUAUGGUGAAGCCGGCCUCUUCAAAGAAUCCAUUAAGCUUUUUGAGACUAUGAAGUCAACUGGUGUAUUACCAUCUGUGGUCACAUUCAACAGUGUUUUGUCUAUAUUGCUAAGGCGGGGCCGGACCAAUAUGGCAAGAGCUGUGUACGACGAAAUGCUUGGGACAUAUGGUGUCACUCCAGAUGUGUACACAUACAAUAUUUUGAUCAGAGGGUUUUGCAAGAAUUCCUACAUUGAAGAAGGGUUUAGGUUCUUUAAAGAGAUGAUGAGCUUUGAUUGCGAUCCGGAUGUUGUUACAUAUAAUUCACUCGUUGAUGGCUUGUGUAAAGCAGGGAAGGUUAGUAUAGCGCAUAACUUAGUGAAUGGUAUGAACAAGAAAUGCAAAGAUUUGAAUUCUGAUAUUGUGACUUACACAACUUUGAUUAGAGGGUAUUGUAUGAAACAAGAAGUAGAUAAAGCAUUGUUUAUUCUUGAAGAGAUGACUAGUAGGGGGCUAAAGCCAAAUGUAAUUACGUACAAUACUCUGAUAAAAGGAUUAUGUGAGGCACAAAAGUUGAACAAGGUAAAGGAUAUUUUGGGCCAAAUGAUGGGAGAUGGGACUUUCAUACCAGAUACAUAUACCUUCAAUAUAUUAAUUCAUGCACAUUGUUCUGCAGGAAACCUCGAUGAAGCAUUUAAGGUGUUUGAAAACAUGAAAAACCUUCAAGUCCCAGCAGAUUCAGCCUCGUACAGUGUUCUGAUUCGGAGUUUGUGUCAGAGAGGUGACUAUGAUGCAGCAGAGAAGCUGUUUGAUGAAUUAUAUGAGAAUGAAACUUUGUUAAGUAAUUAUGGUUCCAAGCCGAUUGCUGCCUCAUAUAGUCCUAUUUUUCAAUAUUUGUGUGAACAUGGGAAAACUAAGAAGGCUGAGAAGGUACUUAGACAGCUAAUGAAAAGGGGAACACAAGAUCCCCUAUCAUAUAAGACCGUGAUUAUGGGGCACUGUAAAGAAGGAGCAUAUGAAAAUGGUUAUGGGAUUUUGGUAUGGAUGCUAAGAAGAGAUUUUGUUCCUGAUUUUGAGAUAUAUGAUUGUUUGAUUGAUGGUUUUCUUCUGAAGGAUAAGCCUCUUCUUGCAAAGGAGACUCUAGAGAAAAUGCUAAAGAGCUCCUAUAAACCCAAAACAUCUACCUUGCAUUCUAUAUUGGCAAGACUUUUGGAAAAAGGUUGUGUUCAUGAGUCUACCUCCCUUAUUGUCAUGAUGCUGGAGAGAAAUAUUAGACAAAAUAUAAACCUGUCAACUGAGAAUUUACUGCUCCUUUUUGGUUCUGGACUGCGAGAUAAAGCAUUUCAGAUCAUUGAGUUGCACUAUAAGAAUGGAUACCGUGUUAAAAUAGAAGUGGUUCAAUUCCUUUGCCAAAGAGGAAAGCUACCAGAAGCAUGCAAGCUGUUGUUGUUUAGUAUGGAACAUCAUAGAAAUAUUGAUAUUGACUUGUGUAAUUCAGUUAUUGCGGGCCUUUGUAAAAUUAACAAGGUUUCAGAAGCAUUUAAUUUAUGCUAUGAAUUAGCGGAGAAAGGUUUACAUCAGGAACUGAUAUGCCUAAAUGAUCUGAUAGCAGCUCUAGAGGCAGGAGGGAGAUUAAAGGAAGCUGCAUUUAUAUCGAAGAGAAUGCCAAGAGUCGACCUAAAGUGAAUAAGGUGCUAGGGACAGUUAUUUGUGGAUGGUAGUUUCUGAGUGAAUGUAGACCGGAGAAGCUUUUGCGCAGAAGCAGAUAAGCCCAGUGUCCAAUAGAUCCAUUGUAAUGGUCUUCUAAAGUACAUAGUGGUAGGACCUUUUUCUUUGUGAGAAGCCAUGUCUGCUGUUUCUGCUGAGAGCCGAAAGGGUUAAGACAUGACGACAGGUAUUGAGUCAGAGACUAUUGAGUCACAUGCUUCAUCUGUGCAUGACACAAAGUUAUCAGAAAUAACAACUAAAUUUGAGGCAGAAACAAUUGGCCAAGGGCCUGAUUGAGCCAGUGGAGUCACUAUUUGAAGCAGGUGGAAAAGACACUUGGGUUUCAAUAAGGAAGCUUCUUAAACGUGAGACUGAAGCUGCCGUAACAGAACUUUCAGCUUGUAUUUCUGGUUUUGAAUUGGAUGAAGAAACAGUUGAAAGAAUGCAACAAAGCUUAAGGGACUAUGCAAAACAAAUAGUGGCAAAUAAAGCAAAAGAAGAGUCAGGAAAGAUUCUGAUUCGCAUGAAGGAUAGGUAACAAUAUUUUCUAAAUAUAAAUCUUGUCAAUUCUUUAAUCUAUGUACCAAUCAUGUGUCUGUAUUGCAAUUUGCAAGAUUUAUUUUAUAAAUUGAUUGAUUUUUGGAGUUUGGGAAUUGGAUAGUAGUAAGGAUUGAAACUAGUCAUGAUGCUUUGCUAUGUAUUUGUGAAGCCCCUGAAUGAUAUCGGAGUGCCAGGAUUUUUCAAGCAAGAGGAUGUUAUUAUCAGUGCCAGAAAUUUUCAGGACAAGAAAUUAGGAUAAAUUAUUAAAAAUAAAACUUGCUCGUUAUGUUGGCAGUGAAUUCUAACCGGGCAGGAUAAGGCCUG